AUGGGAAAUUCACACCAUUCGUUGUCCAAUUCCAAUAGUAGUAACACAGAUUUUAGUUUUUCUCAGCGUACGGAAUUAGAUCCCAACAAGGUGAACUUUGAUCAUGAUGUUAUAUUUCCGAUACUAGCCAUCGGUGAUUCUAUCUGUAAAGGAUGUUACCGAUCCAAUAUGGGAACUAACUCUGAAAUACGAUUUCAUCCCUUCUCAGUUGCAUUAACUACGUUGAUUAAUGAAAAAUUUAAAACUCUCCCAAAAUGCAAAGUCUAUGAAUUUGGAAGAGUUGAAGAGACAACUUUUUCUCUUACACAACGAUUGUUACGAUUUUUGCAGUUACAAAAUAUUUACGAAGAUCAAUGUUUACAUUCAAGACAAGGAUAUGAUAACAUACCAGAAGGAUAUAUGCACUACCGAUACAGGACUAUUGAAACAAUUGUCAAUACUAUUAAGGACAUGAGUGAACAAUGUUUACAACAACCAAGUGUUUCUUGGGUUGCUAUAUGUUCAAUUCCAUCAUCAAAAAAAGAUGUCAACAUGAACAUUCUCUCCAAAAAAGUUGAAACCAAUGAAAUGAUUCAACACCAUGUCAAUGAAUUUAACUCAAUGUUGAAUAGAAAAAACUCAAAAAGAUUAAUUUAUGUAGAUAUCACCACUCCAUUCUAUUAUUUGAGUUCAACACCUCAAGACAUUCAAAAGUACUGGAGUGAUGACCUUCUUUUCACACCUGAAGGAUAUGACAAAAUUGCUGAAAUUAUUUUCCAUUCUCUUCAAUCCCAUUUUUCACAACACUUAUCAGGCACGCAAUCGUUCUUUACCUUGAAUGAAUAUGAUAAUAAAUAA